AUGAACAGCACGUCCCCAAAAAAGGUCGCAUACGGAUGGGUGGCGCUCACUUUUGGUGCCCUCGGGACAUACAUCUGGGCCAAGGGCCAGAAUGACAAGCGCUGGAAGGAGCAGCGUACACUGCGUACCAUGGGAGACACCGACAAGGGCUACGAGUACUGGAAGGACAAGGCCGCGGCACCAGCCCCACCAGCCGAGUCAACAGCACCAAGCACACCUCAAGCAUGA